AUGAAAGAAGAUGCGCCACCUGGGGUCUCGGCGUCGCCGCUACCGGAUAACGUGAUGGUAUGGAAUGCAAUGAUAAUUGGCCCAGCGGAUACGCCGUAUGAGGAUGGUACCUUUAGAUUACUGCUAGAAUUCGACGAAGAGUAUCCGAAUAAGCCUCCACAUGUGAAGUUUCUGAGCGAAAUGUUCCAUCCAAACGUGUACGCCAAUGGCGAAAUAUGUCUCGAUAUACUGCAAAACCGAUGGACACCGACUUAUGAUGUGGCAUCGAUACUUACGUCGAUUCAAAGUCUGUUCAAUGAUCCUAACCCUGCAUCUCCUGCGAACGUGGAGGCUGCCACGCUUUUCAAGGACCACAAGUCUCAAUACGUGAAGAGAGUGAAAGAGACGGUAGAGAAAUCGUGGGAGGACGACAUGGACGACAUGGACGACGACGACGAAGAAGAAGAUGACGAAUGA